GUCCUCGCCAUGUGAGCUGAGACGACGGUGGCGACAUCUCCGCGAUGGCGGCCGACACAUCAGAAGACGAGUAUAUCGACAGCGAGCAGAACUCCGACUCCGCAGACUCAGGCAGCGAAAGACAAGGCACUCCUGCCCACACGCAAAGCAGCAGAGAUCACCAAGCUGAACGCGGGACUCGACAGAAUGUCGACCCACAAGAACGAUCAGGCGCCUCGUCACGCGGACUCACCCAAGAACCAGACACCGUGGUCGAGGCCUGCACAGGGCAGUCCCGCGAGAGGCAACCCCGCCCAAGGCAGCCCCGCCAGAAGCAACCUCGUUCAAGACAGGCCAGCAGUAGGCGAAGCAGCGGAGAUCCAGACUGGCAGUCGCAAUCCUCGCGAUCAGAAGUAGGCGGCUCGCUUACAACAGAGUAUCGCGAUCUGCUCAAUGAUAUGAUCGCAGAUGCACGUGGCCGUGAGACAAAUUCUGAGUUUGCUCUGACCGGCAGUCAGAUCGAAGCUUCUUUUUGGUCUGCGCGUGAGAAGAAUGCCCUUUUUCGAGCUCUUGAACGUCACGGCUCUGGUGAUCUCCCUCGCCUGGCUCGUUCCGUGCAUACGAAAAGCCAGUUUGAGAUACAACUUUACACUUCGUUGCUCCGAGAGGGUCUUGCGGUGCAGCACAAAGCUGAUCCACGAAAAACUGCCAUUUUGGGUGACAUCUCAGCUGCGGCAGAGAUUUCAAUUGACUGUGAAACGGCAUUGGAGAAUGCUGCCGAUACCCUAUCAUCCCGCGUUGAGAAGCAUGAACAAACUGCGGAGCACGAAAAGUACAACGAAAACUGGUUAGUCGAUGCAGAAGCAGCCGAACAGGAAGAACAAAAUUAUGAGCAGGCAAUCGCAGACGCGGCGGAGACCAACAAUGAUGUAUCUAACACUGAUGCUGCCGACUCUAUAAGCUCAGACCAAGCCUUUUUGCUCCGGCAAGCUGCUUUUCUCCAACUAUCCAGAAAUCUCUUCAUGAACAACGGUGAGCAGGAAGAUCUCAGCUGGCACCAUGUUAAUCUGGUAACAGACGUGGCCGACGAACCAGCCAUUUUCAGGAGGGCUCUUGGCGAUUUGCAAGCCAUAGCCAUUAGCUUGACACGUCGACUAGUGCAGGUCAGCAUCUUCCAGGCCAUGACGCGACUUAGAGCCCACGACUCAACCCGGACCGAAUGGACACCUUUGCCUGCUGUGAGGGAGACCGACGUUCGCACAGCAAUUGAGGUUCUUGGACUGCGGCCAAAUUGGCGGCAAUAUUGGGCUUUCAUUCCGCGUAGGUCUCGCGUGAUCGUCUACAGUGACUCGAAGAAGUAUAAUGACGGCCGCCCUGGUACAAAAGCGGGACACGCCUUGACCUAUGACGAGGUAGAGGCCGAGCUUGGUGAUAAGGGCAAAAUUGUACAGCCGGACAUCGAAGUCGACGAGCAGGAAGUUUUCGAGGAGGAGAUCGACGAGUUCAUGGCCAACAGCGACGCUUUUACAGACGAUCAUGAUCAAUCCGGCGACUCUGAGAUGAGCCGGUCCAAAGACUCGAAGCAGAAAUCGGCACUAUCCAGCUCCUCGCGGAAGCGCAAACGCGCCCUCAGUCCUGAUGUUUAUUCUCACCUUCAGGAUGAGCAUGCCGACGCAGUAGACCUACAGCAUUCUGCAAGUGAACAGAGACGACUCUGGGAGUUGCUUCGCUUGACACCGCCAGAGAGUCUCGCACAAACGAGCACUAUGAAAGUUCCGCCACCCUCCAUACCGGCUGGAGCUGCUGUCAGCACGAUGCAGGCAGAUUGGCGCAACUCAGUCGAAAUACAGGCAGAAUGGGAGUCUGAGAGCGGGAUCCCAACCCGCGAAGACUUCCGCGCAACUGAUGUCGAAGGCCGAGCUCGUCGCAAACGCAGGCAAGUGAUUGAGACGAAGGUCCGCGAGCGAUUGAAUCUAGGCCAGGCUCUGGGCGUUGAUGCGACUCAUGCUCAUAUUGAAGACCAUGAUGAAGUCGAGGCAAGCGGAGAAGAGAGCCCGUCCGAUCAUGGAGAGGAAGGAGCGCUCGAAGGCAGCAUUGACGACUGA